AUGGACGAGCUCAGCCAGCAGGCACCUGUUUUUCUUCCCUGCUAUGUGGCUGUGAAGGAGCAGUGUUGCAAUAUGUUGAAUCUGUAUGCCAGGAGUAAGAGCCAGGCAAAUGAUGACUGUCUGAGAGCACCACAGCCAGUAGCAAAUUUAAACAAUGACAAAGUGUCUUCUCCUACCCUGAGUAAAAGUAAAUCCCAGAAAGUGAUAAAGAAGAAAGAACAACAUAAGGAGGAAAACAAAAAUGAUCAGAACCGCUGUUAUGAUAGGCGGCGGAGCCUCCGUCAGUCCACUUUGGAUUACAAGUGUCAUCAAACUGUCAAAAACUCACUGGAGGUAUCAAAGGUCACUGUCCACUAUGAAUCCAACAAGCCUCAAAAGAAGUGUAUCUGCUCUGAAUGUGGACGUAGCUUCAUAUCGAUGUCUCAUCUGAUUAUUCAUCAAAGAUCACACACUGGGGAAAAACCAUACGAAUGUGAAAACUGUGGAAAGUGCUUUGCUAGGAAGUCUUCUCUGGUGAUCCAUGAGCGGAUCCACAGUGGCGAAAGGCCAUACACAUGUACACAUUGUGGAAAGAGUUUUACCAGUAGUGCUACUCUGUCCACACACAUCCGAAUACAUACAGGAGAGAGACCAUACGUCUGUUGGGAAUGUGGUAAGAGCUUUACUAGUAACUCCUCCCUCUUCAUACAUAACCGCACCCACACCGGGGAGAAGCCAUAUAUAUGUGUGGAAUGUGGGAAGACCUUCUCAUGUACGUCAGCUUUGGUCAUACACAAGAGGUCUCACACCGGAGAGAAGCCAUUUACCUGUGAGGAGUGUGGCAAGAGCUUCGCUGAUAACUCCCGACUGGUCAAGCACCGGAUGGCUCACACAGGGAACUGGGCAUAUAUAUGCAGUGACUGUGGGAAAGGCUUUACCUGUAUCUCUAAUCUGAAUGUCCACCAGAGAUCACAUACUGGAGAGCGCCCAUAUGCUUGUACUAAGUGUGAUAAAAGAUUUGCCUACAACCGGGAUCUGGUGCGACACCAAACCACUCACACUGGAGAGAGACCAUAUGCUUGUUCUGAGUGUGGGAAGAGGUUCACCCGCAAAUCCCAUCUUACCACACACCUGAAGAUCCACUCCAGAGUAAAACUAGUCAUAUCAUCCGAAUAAAACUGUUUAUAUAUAUCUUGUAUAUAGAAAAUGGACAGAAUACUAUU